GUGGCCUACCUAAUUUGACACUUCUUCAACCGCACCCUUUGAAUUUUUCUCAUCUUUCCUCUUUCUCUCUCUUUUUUUUGGCCUUUUUUUUCCCUCGUCACCUCUCUCUCUUAGUCUCUUCUUCAUCAACUCCUCUUUGUCUCUCUCUCUCUCUCCUCAUUGCAUUCAUCAACUGGAGAAAGCAAAAUCAAGAGAGGAAGAAGGAAGGAGAUGUGUCCGUUAAGGCUGAUCCUUAUAUUCUUGUCGGCGACUCUUGCUGGGUUCUUUGUUCUCAAGAAGCUCAACUCUCCCUCCGACGACCCUCUCGCCGACCCUCUCACCGACGCUGAUCCCUCCGACUCCGACUCCGAUUCCAAAUUCUCUAAGGUGGGAAUGGCAAUGAAGUCUGGAUUUUGGACAUGCGUUGACAUGGCAAGUGGCCGCUAUCUCUGGAACCAUCUCUGUUCCAAUUCGGACCGCUCUUCUUAAGUUUUUCUUACUUUCGCUCUCUCUUCAUUGCCCGUAACUGUCUAAUUGUUCUAAUGGACAACAACAAAUCGCAUAUUGUCUCUGUACUAUAUAAUAGAUCUCGUCUUCACUACCAAAUCUCAAUAAAAGUCGAGUCUUUUCCCCUGUUCCUAGCUCUCUGUAUAGCUGAAUUCCUUGGUGAAUCGAGCAGAGGAUGCCAAAGUUUUUGUUCUCAAUUGUUGGACACUCUUUCCUGUUAUGAUAUAAGUGCAAGCAAUUAAAUUUCUCUUA